GCAUUUCGCCCCUCUUGGCCCUCGGAUAACUCUGCGUUGUGUCUAGUAUAUCUUCUCGUGUACCUUACGGUUGGCAAUUCAGAUCAUUAAAUAUUUUCAUCCUCUCGAGGCAUUUCAUAUACAUAUACUAUAAUCAACAUGACGAGGCAAUUGGCUCCCGGUGCUCGGUUGCAGGGCAAAGUGGCUAUUGUUACUGGCGGUGGUUCGGGUUUUGGUGCGGCGAUUGCCCGUCGAUUCGGCGAGGAGGGGGCUAAGGUGAUUGUUACUGAUAUCAAUGCCGAGGGAGGACAGAAGGUCGCCGCUCAGAAUCCGGAGAAUCUGGUCUUUCAACAGAUGGAUGUCACCAAGGCGGAGGAUUGGACGACCGUCAUGGAUUUGGCGUUUUCGAAAUUCGGAAGACUGGAUAUCCUGGUGAACAAUGCCGGGAUAACGUAUCGGAACAAGCCAACGGACGAAGUCACCGAAGAAGAAUGGGAGCGCGUCUUCAACGUGAAUGUGAAAGGAAUCUUCCUGGGCUCGCAGGCCUUGGUGACUCGUUUAAUGCAACAGGGUCAGGGCGGUUCGAUGAUCAAUAUUUCGUCUACUGGUGCAUCGCGGCCACGGCCAGGGUUGGUCUGGUAUAAUGCCUCUAAGGGGGCGGUUUCGAAUGCUACGAAAGGUCUCGCAGCCGAGUAUGGUCCUCACAACAUCCGCGUCAAUACCGUUAGCCCCCUUCUAUCAGGAACAGGCCUGUUUUCCAUGUUCACCGGCAUGCCUGAUACGCCUGAAAACCGGGAGAAGUUCAUCGGAAAUGUGCCGCUGGGCCGAUUGACAGAUCCUGAUGAUGUUGCAAACAUGUGUCUAUACUUGGCUAGCGAUGAGGGCAGUUUCAUAAACGGAGCAGAGAUGAUUGUCGAUGGAGGGAAGUGUAUCUAGUUAGGACCUCCAUCCUCUGUUCUUAUCUCAGUGAACAGUUAUUCCUGGGCACUCAACCCUAGGAUAUACAUGUUGAAACGUGU